AGACACAUCUCAGCAAAUAAAGAGCGUCGCAGAGAAUAGUAGCCUCCAAUCAGCCAGCCGCAACCUGAUAACCACGAGAUAUCUCUUCCCUUUCUCAACAGAUAAUAGAAAGAAGAGCCAAGCCCUCGCUAUAUUCCAUUUUCAGUUUAUGAGAGAGAUAUGAUCGUUUCCGCUAUUCCUCCCACAUUUCUCUGUAGCAUACCAUCGCCUAGGGUUUCCCUUUCCUUUCCUUUCUUGUCUUCGAAGCUCUGUUUGGUCCCUCCCUCUCCUUCGCUCGCUCUCAGAUCGAGUGCGCGAAGGUCCCUUUGUCCUUGCUUGAUCUCUUCUAUAAACGCUAACGCAAUGUCUCAGCUCGUUAAGGAGGACAAAGAAGCUAUCGCUUCAGCGUCAGGCGAGAAGGAGGAGGAGAAGAAGAAGGAAAAGUCUAGUCACGGGCGAACUUUUCUUGAUGUGACAACGGAAGGAGAGUUGCUGUCUGGAAUUAGGAAGGAAGUGGAAGCAGGGAGGUUGCCUUUAAAUGUUGCUGCAGGAAUGGAAGAAGUGUAUCAGAAUUAUAAAAAUGCAGUUUUACAAAGUGGAAUUCCCAAUGCUGAAGAGAUAAUAUUGUCAAAUAUGGCUGUUGCGAUGGAUCGUAUGUGCUUGGAUGUUGAGGACCCUUUUGUCUUCUCACCUUAUCACAAAGCAUUGAGAGAGCCCUUCGACUACUAUAACUUUGGUCAAAACUAUAUACGUCCUUUGGUUGAUUUUAGGAAUUCAUAUGUUGGCAAUAUAUUCCUUUUCCAUGAAGUUGAAAAACAGCUUCAACAGGGUCACAAUAUUGUCUUGAUAUCAAACCACCAAACUGAAGCAGACCCUGCCGUCAUUGCGCUAUUGCUUGACAAAACAAAUCCCUCUAUUGCUGAAAACUUGAUCUAUGUAGCAGGGGAUAGAGUUUUAACAGAUCCUCUUUGCAAGCCAUUCAGUAUGGGCAGGAAUCUUAUUUGUGUGUACUCAAAAAAACACAUGUAUGAUGAUCCUGAACUUACUGAGAUGAAGAAAAAAGCAAACAUACGAAGUUUGAAGGAGAUGGCCGUGAUUUUGAGGCAUGGGUCACAAAUAGUGUGGAUUGCCCCAAGUGGUGGUAGGGACCGCCCAGAUCCUCUGACUGGAGAAUGGUAUCCAGCACCAUUUGAAGCCGCUUCAGUGGACAACAUGAGAAGGCUUGCUGAACAUUCUGGUGCUCCAGGACAUAUUUAUCCCUUAGCAUUAUUAUGCCAUGACAUCAUGCCCCCUCCACCACUGGUAUUUCCAUCUUUGACUCAUUCUCUUUCUUGUGACAUUAUGUCUUUAAUGCAUUGGAAAUUUCAGGUGGAAAAAGAGAUCGGAGAGAGAAGAGUGAUCUCCUUUCAUGGGGCUGGAUUGUCAAUUGCACCGGAAAUCGGAUUUUCUGAAAUUGCUGCUGCUUGUGAAAACCCUGAAGAGGCUAAGAAGGCAUAUGCACAGGUUCUAUAUGAUUCUGUGACUGAGCAAUACAAUGUGCUUAAAUCUGCCAUACAUGGAAAACGAGGACUAGAGGCAUCAAGUCCAACUGUUUCUUUGUCACAACCAUGGAAUUAAUCAACAUUUUUUGUUUAACUAGGACAUUAUCUUGUAGCUUUGCAAGUCAGCCAGAAAUCUGCCUCCUGUUUGAUACAACGUACUACAACAGGAAUGUGUUUUGCACUGAUAGAGUUUGGUACAAGAUGCAUUUUCUCCGUGCAUUUUGUUGAUGCCAAAUCCAUCCAACUACCUUGACAGCUGAGUAGAUGGUAAAUUGAAUCUUUCUGAGCAGUUAAAUUUCAGGUGUACAGAUAAGAGUUCCUAGUAAGAAUCAGGCAAUUUGUGUAUAUUCGCUCAAAUUGUUAUGUACUUUUUUUUUUGGAGUUAAUUGCUUUUUUUUUUUAGUCCAUUGGCUAUAUUUUCUUUAUGAUUUCAUGCGAACAUGAAAAUAACAGGGAGGAGAAGCUCUGUAAGAGCAAAAUUUUUACCUCAUGAGAGGAAAUAUGUGAGAUAAAUUGGCGCAAACGAGAUGUUUCAAGUU